GCAUAUAGCUAGUUUGUGAUCGGAAAUUCACCUGUACAUAACCCAUCCUGUUCAAAACAUUAACCGUGGCCGUGUUUACCCUAAAAUAAUAGAAAGCAUAUCAUUCUAAAGUUUAUAUUCGUAGUGUGAAGAACAAAAUGGAAGCAAAUGUAGUAGAAACUAAAGUAGGAAAAGAAUUGACAUCUGAAAUAGAUACUUUGGCCACCGAGAUUACUGAUUUUCUGAAAGUUGACACAACAAACCAGGUUCAAAAUGUUGGUAACAUUAUUGAUGGCAUCCUGGCAAAAUUAGAGGAAUACUGCACUGUGGUGGAUUUGCUACGGGCAGAGUCGAAAGAAGUUUUGUUUACGACUAUACCACUAUUGCACGAGCAAUGUUUACAACUUGACCCAAUAUGUGAAAAAAUCGAUAGUCUAGAAAAUUUUGUCUCUGUUGUUCGCGAGAGUGUAGAAGAUGCUGAAGAAAAAGUUCGAGUAGCUGAAAAAGAAUUAGGGAACAAAAAUUUAAAGAAAAUAUUACGAACAGUGAAAGUUCCAAAGUUUUUAGCGAAAAAGAAAGAGAUUCAACCUUACUUGAAAAAAGAAAUUGGAUCGGACGAUUACCAUGUUCCAAAAACAUUUAAAACUGACGACUAUUUUAAAAAGUACGAUACGAAAAACGACAACAGUGUUGAAAGUGCCGGCGAAUAGUCGGAAAUUAUUUGUUACUGUUGUUUUUCUGUAACUUUUGUAAAUAAUUUUUUGACCAAUUUCUUAAUAAAAUUAAUAGCUGGAAAUAAGAAGA